CCAAGACCCUAAUCCAUCUCUUUUGAGACUCUCUCAAUCGACUCUGCCAAUCAAGGCUUUUCACUCUGAAGCUCCAUCCUUCUGUGCACAUCUCGCCACCGCGCAUCCUUCUCUCAUCAUCUCAGAUGGCCUUGCAAGAAAGUUUAGCUAAAUUCAAGAAGCAACAAGAAAAGUGCCAAUCGACUCUCACCAGCAUUGCAGCCAAGGCAGGAUCUUCUAAGCCCACAGUGCCUCAGAAGUUUACCCCAGCAGCUCCUACAAAACCUCCUACACCUGCAGUAAAAUUCUCCAAUGAUACUGAGAGACUCCAACAUAUUAACAGCAUAAGGAAAGCCCCUGUUGGAGCUCAGAUUAAACGUGUCAUAGACUUGCUGCUAGAGACAAGGCAAGCCUUUACACCGGAACAAAUAAACGAAGCAUGUUAUGUUGAUACUAAUGCCAACAAAGCUGUCUUUGACAGUUUGAGGAAUAAUCCAAAAGUGAGCUAUGAUGGGAAGCGCUUUGCGUACAAGUCCAAGCAUGACUUAAAGGACAGGAGUCAGCUGCUUGUCUUAGUACGAAAAUUUCCAGAGGGCAUUGCAGUCAUUGACCUUAAGGACUCGUACCCAAGUGUGAUGGAAGAUUUACAGGCUUUGAAAGCUGCAGGGCAGGUUUGGCUGCUGUCGAACUUUGAUUCACAGGAGGACAUUGCUUAUCCAAAUGAUCCCCGGGUGCCCAUCAAAGUGGAUGAUGACCUCAAGCAGUUCUUCAGAACCAUUGAACUUCCCCGUGACAUGCUUGAUAUAGAGAAGGAUCUGCAGAAGAAUGGGAUGAAGCCUGCUACAAACACUGCCAAGAGGAGGGCCAUGGCUCAGGUUCAUGGAAUUGCCUCCAAGUCUAAGCCCAAGAAGAAGAAGCAUGAAAUCAGCAAGAGAACCAAGCUCACGAAUGCCCACCUUCCAGAGCUCUUCCAGAGUCUCAAGGAUGGUGAUUCUUCAAAGUAGAUAAUGGUGAUCCUUCAAAGCACCGAACUCAUGAGCAAGUUGGUUCAGGGUUCUUCGAUUAAUUCUAGAUGGGCUAUGUACAUGUCAGGCGUUGGUUGUCCUGCAGCAUAUGAACGGCCUACAUUCCAGUUGAAUUCCUCUGUACCCAUCCCUAAGUUCAGAGCCCUUUCAGGACAAAUUCUUCAUUUUUUAAUUGUGCUAUAAUCAAUUGUGAGUUUAUCUGUUAUUGUAUUGACUGUCAGACCAUUUUAUGAA